AUGAACAGCUGGAUGGUCGUUCUGCUGUUGGCACUUCUCAACGUUGAGAUGUUCGAAUGCGGUUGCUACAAGAACUGGAGCCGAUGCACCCCCCAAACCAAAUUUCUGACGGGCAUAAUGUGGAAAACCUGCCCCGAGUAUUGCCAGAAAUGCAAAGGACAACCCACAGGGAAAUGUGUUCGUGUGUACAACAAAGUCUGCAGUGGCGGUUAUAUGUGCAAGUGCUUCGGCCCAGUAGGAAAGAAAUCAACACGUCCAAUUGAUGUUAAAACCUGCAGAUAUGGACUGUAG